AGAACCACUGCAUUGCAAUCGUAGGUCAAGAGAACUUCCUCUCUACUGACACCACAAUCUUCCGCACAAUUUCACAGCACCAAGAUGUCCAACCCACGAGCGAAGCCGGCAACAACGCUCAACAACAAGAAAUCGCCACCAGUCAAAGCCCCGACUUACAAAAAUCCCGCCAACAAAGCGCCACCAGCAGUCAAACCAGCCCCCCGAUCCCGCUCCGCCCCCUCGAAACCCACCCCUCGCCCAAACGCCCUCAAACCGACCCCAUCUCUGAAUCCACCCGCUUCCCAAGCCCAACAGCAACCCCGCGCACAGAACUGGAUCAAUCGCACUGUACAGUCCUACGUCGCCGGCUAUGGCAACUACGUAAGCGGCUACAUCAACAGCGUCGGCAACGGAGUCAAUUCCAUCGGCCAAGGCAUCAACAACAGUAUUUCCAACACGACGCGAGGAUGGGGACAAGGUGUUGCGGGCUACGGGAAUGAAAUUAAAGAUCAGGUGGGAGUUGGAGGGAAGAGGGUCUCUACUGCAGGGAACCCGCUAGGUCUGGCGGGCGUAGGAGCGAACAAUAAAGGAGGGGUUGUGAAGAAGAGUGGUGCUGCACCGCAGCAGGUGAACAAGAAGGUAUCCGGAGCAAAUCCGUUGGGUUUGUGAUUGAUGAACAGCAAGAUUGAAAUGUCACGAUUAUGAGAGGAGCACAGUACACACGGGAAAUCGGAAAUGGCGGGCGUUUGCGGAACUUGAUAAAUGUACGACAGUUUGGAAUGAUGAGCC